CCAUUCGCUGCCAGACCCAAAAACCAGUGUUUUCGUCUCCGAUCGUUGAAGCAGGGAGAAAGUUUGAAACUUUUAGAGAGAGAGAGAGAAAAAAAAUGGGGGCGGCGGGAGAAUGGCUGGAGAAGGCGUUGGUGGAUCUAUGCCGGAAGAUGGAAACCGGGGGUUUGGAUAAGGAUAUGAUAUCGGGUUUGGUCUCGUACUGUGAGCUCGCCGAUCCUCAGGACGCCAAAGAGUACCUCGACAACAUCAUUGGGCAGGAGGUGGGCAAAUCUGUGAUUGAGGAAUAUCUACAGAAACGAGGUCGCUCAGAUCUUUGCAGCAGCACCGGGGUUGUUCCAACCUCAAGUUUGCAUGCCUAUGUUAAACCACCCUCAAAUGAAGGUUCUGCAAGUGGGUCCAAGAAACCGUUGAAAACUCCGAAAGUGGCUAGAGACCCCAGUGAUCAAACAACUUACAGCAAUCAAGUAAAGCAGGUUCCAGCUAAGACCAGCGAGUCAAAACCCACAAGUAACACGAACCAAGGCAACUCUAAGAAGAAGAAAGCUGGGAAAGUUGUUUCACUUGCAGAGGUUUCCAAAGGAUCAGUUGUAUUCAACCAGGGGAAGCCAUGCUCAUGCCAAGCUCGUCGCCACAGACUUGUGAGCAAUUGUUUAUCGUGUGGGAAGAUAGUCUGUGAGCAAGAGGGCGAGGGGCCUUGCAAUUUUUGUGGAGCUCUUGUGCUGAAGGAAGGCAGCACGUAUGCUGGUUUGGAGGAAAGUUUCACUCCCACAUCAGAUGCUGAAGCAGUAGCAGAAGCUUAUGCAAAGAGACUCGUUGAGUAUGACCGAGACUCUGCAGCACGAACUACAGUUAUUGAUGACCAAAGUGACUACUAUGAAAUUGAGGGGAAUAGUUGGUUGUCAAAGGAGGAAAAGGAACUUCUGACAAAGAAGCAGGAGGAGAUUGCAGAAGCUGAGCGGAUCAAGCGAAGUAAAGUAGUUGUAUCUUUUGACUUGGUUGGUCGCAAGGUCCUUGUAAAUGAAGACGAAGCUUCUGAAGUAGAAUCAGAAAGCAGAAUAUUGAGGCCCCGAGAUGAAAAGGAAGUGAACCGCAUCAGACCAAACCCUUCUCUUAAGGUACAACCAGUAUUUGUGGAUCCAGGCCCUGGUAAGAAGCCUGUUCAAGGCAGGAAGUCAAACAAGACCCUAACAAAAGGCUUGUGCUUGGAGAUUACCGGGAGGGUGCAGCACGUCAGCGAUGAAUUAAAACAUCUUAUGGUGGAUAAUCAAUUAGAAACAGCUUCAAAUGGGAAGUUUUCGCAAGGGACGCCUGUAAGUGGGGGUACGCUCGAUGAUGAUGGAGAAUGCUUUCUGGAUUUCCAUUAAGGGAAAUUUUUGGAAGGAGCAAAAGAACAAAAGAUGAAUGAAAUAUACAAGUUCCAUUUUCAUUGCUUGUAAUCUUUGAACAUGCCUUAGACCAAAAAACGAAGAAGAUUCGGUGUAUCAUUUUCAGGAUUUAAUGGUAUAAAGAUCGUUUUAACUAAA